UAAUCGUUCAACAUUCCUACACCCACACAGAAUGUUGUUACUGCUGCCAUCUCCAGUCAAGUGCUGGACACGCACUGGACACACGCCUGGGUGCUCUUAGUCUUAUACUUAUAUAUUUUAUUCAUUAUUAUCCUUUUAAUAAAUAAACAUUUACUGGAACGCAGCUACAACUGUCAAGUACUAAAGAUUCAUCUGGUCUUCAAUUAAUAAUCAAAAUUGCCGAAGACGACAAUAAGUCACUAGUGACAAUUGCAAUCAACAGGAUAUCUGGCGAUGGAUCCUGCGGAUAGUGCCAGUAGACGGCAAGCAACUAGAGUAUUCAAAAAAUCUAGUCUUAAUCGUAAAAUAAAAGUUUACUUGGGUAAACGUGAUUUUGUUGAUCAUAUGACACACGUCGAUCCUAUUGAUGGUGUAGUUGUGAUUGAUACGGAUUACGUAAAAGACCGCAAAGUCUUCGGACAUGUAUUGGCAGCUUUUAGAUAUGGAAGAGAAGAUCUUGAGGUGCUUGGAUUAUCCAACAGGAAGGAUCUUUAUUUAGCAGCUGAACAAAUUUAUCCGGUUACUGGAAAUCCACCGCGACAAUUGACGCAGUUGCAAGAAAAAUUGGUUAAUAAAUUAGGUAGCAAUACGUAUCCAUUUUAUUUUGAAUUACCACCGCAUUGUCCCGCCUCGGUGACACUGCAACCGGCUCCUGGUGAUGAAGGCAAACCCUGUGGGAUUGAUUACGAGUUGAAAGUGUAUGUUGCUGACUCACAGGAUGACAAGCCACACGAAAAGGAUUCCGUAAGACUGGCUAUUAGAAAAAUAAUGUAUGCACCAUCGCAGCAGGGCGAACAGCCGUCAGUGGAAGUCAGCAGAAGGUUUUUAUUUUCCCCAAACAAACUCUAUCUGGAAGUAUCACUGGACAAAGAGCUCUACCAUCACGGGGAAAAUAUUGCGGUAAAUGUCCACAUAGCCAACAAUAGCAACCGAACGGUCAAAAAAAUAAACGUGUCAGUGAAGCAGAUUGCUGAUAUAUGUGUGUUUGCAACAGCACACUACAAGUGCACGGUCGCUGAAACCGAGAGCGAACAAGGAUGUACAGUUGGACCGGGCUUUACUCUGAGCAAAGUGUUUACUCUGACGCCACUUCUUGCCAACAACAGACAUAGAUGGGCCCUAGCAGUCGACGGUCAACUGAAGCACGAGGACACUAAUUUAGCAUCCAGUACACUUAUCGUUGAUAAUUCGCAGCGUGAAAAUCUUGGAAUCAUCGUGCAGUACAAAGUUAAAGUUAAAUUGUACCUCGGAGCAUUGGGAGGUUUGUUUUGUAGUGAAGUAAAGGCGGAAUUGCCGUUUAUUUUAAUGCAUCCAAAGCCCGAAGAAGAGACACCAGCACCUUCGACAGCUAAACCAAGUCCUACGAAUCGUCCGGAGAAUGGCGAAGUUACAAAUGACACUAAUCUUAUUCAGUUGGAUACCGAUGACAAUGCGGGGGAUGACGACCUAGUAUUCGAAGACUUCGCACGCCGACGUCUGAAAAAUGAAACAGAUACCUGAUCAUACAACGCUAAUACUCAGGUAGAAAAACAAAAGAUAGAAAUGUCAAUUUAUAAAUUUUAUAUUACUUGAGCUGCAACAUUUACUAAAUUAGUAGAUUUUCUAAUUUUAAAUAAUAAAAACUAUUUAAUUAAACGAAUGCAUUGAAGCCUAGUUAGCAAAUAUCGACAACAGAAAGCGCUAGAACAAGAGGAAGCUCUCUAUGUCAGAUGAAUAGUUUUGUUUAUUGUCAACCAACACGACUGAUUUUUAUUUUAAAAACACUGGUAACGAUCAAUUACGCUUAUUAACAUACUCUUUGUCUGUACACACACAACGUACAGUGACAACCAACAAAACAAUUUGCUUUUUAUUUUAAAGCUAUUAAGCUACUGGCGCACAUUACUCGAUUGAGUUUAUUACAAAUCCAUUUAUAUAUUUUAUUUCUUGUACAUUAUGUAGAUUAUUCUUGUCCACUGACGUUCUUGUUAUACGACAAGACACACAGAUAUUUAAUUUAUUUAAAGUUUAGGAUAGAAAAGUCGAAUUUUUUUUUUAUUUUAAUUAUUAUUUACAAAUUAGUUAAAUCUCAUAAUUAUUUAAAUGCGCGCGCAUGUCAAACUUUUAUUUUUUUUUAUCAAAGUAAAUUAAUCAUUAUCAUUUGGAAUUGUUUAAGUAUUUGAGGAUGAAAAAUAAACUUGUAUUACAGUAAAAGACCUAGUACCCGAUCAGGGAACUAGUACUCGAUCUCUCCAUGCAAUUGUAUAUAUAUAUAUUUAGUAAAAUUUAGUAAAUAUAAAUAUACAAGUGCAUGGGUGAUCGAGUACUAGUUCCCUGAUCGGAAACUGGGUCUCUUACCUUAUAAGAUUUUUUUAUUAUUUGUCUUAUAAAAAGAAAAUUUCUACCUCAUAUUUAUUUUUGAAUAUUUUUAUGGUUCUAAUCCAUUGAAUAUUUAAAAUUAUUUAGCAUAAUGCUGCAUUAUUAUUACAAUGAGAAGGCUUUGAAUUUAAAAAUUUAUAUAAAUAUUUCUAUUAAUAUAUAUUAUAAAUAUAUAUAUAAACAUAAAAAAGAGAUUAUCAACUCGUUUGUUACAUACAUUAGUCAUUUAUGCUGAUAAUCUACAACAGCACAAGUCCAUUUUAAAAAAUCAUCGACUAUUUAUUAAAAAUAAAAUACUAAUAACCAUUAACUUUUUUAAAUUAAAAUAAUCAACAUCUCCUGAUGGCUUUUCAAUUCA